AUGAUGGUUCUCGGAGGGUAUUCUGUAUUAGGUGAAUCUGUUCUUACUCCUGUUGAAAAAACAGAAUCGAAAACAAUUUUAGCGAAAUUGUAUGAAACAAAAGUAGAGUUUUCAAGAUCGACGCUUAAAAAAGCCAAUCAGGUUAGCUGGUUGAAGAAAUUCAAAGACAGCGGAAGCGAAAUCGAGCACGAAGCAUUUCUCUCAUUUUGGUUAUCCAGGUUUGUAUUCCCUUCAUCAUACUCAACAGUUGCUCGAAAUGUUUUCCCCAUUGCUGUUCAUUUAGCUAGAGGCAUUAGACUUGCUCUUGCCCCUGCUGUUCUUGCCACCAUAUACAGAGAUUUAAGCUUGUUAAAAGCUAAACUUACUGAUCAGAACGAUGAUCCGUCGAUUACAAUUUGGGCUCCUUUACAACUUCUUCAAAUCUGGAUCUGGGAGAGAUUUCCGAAGCUAAGGCCUAAUGUCGGAGGUAGCUGCAACCCAAAGUUUGCUAGAUGGGAGAAUAAGAAGGUGCAGAUCGACAAUAUUGGCUCAAUUUUGGAUCGUGAUUCAGAAGACUUCUGUUGGCGACCAUAUGCUGAUGAUUUGGGUAACGAGAAAAACGGAAAAUGGGUUGUUGUUGGUGGUGAUUGUUUGGAUGAAGAAUUGGAGUCAUGGGGUCGAUGUUUUAGGGUUUCUGAAUUAGUCGGGAUACAAGGGAAAUGUAUCGAACAAUAUCUACCUCAUAGAGUCGCAAUGCAAUUUGGCAUGGAUCAAGACAUUCCUGGUAAAGUCCCACGAAACAAUGGAAGUCCUAAAUCAGCUUGGAGCUUUUACACAAGGCCAUUGAUGGAUCUUAAACUGUAUCUUCCAUCUCGAUUCUCUGAGCCGUAUGUCACUGCUAGAUACUUUGAGUGGCGGAAUAAGUCAACUGGACUCCAUAGUUUGCUUUCUCCGAUGGGAGAUAAUGAAACUAAAACUUCUGUCAAAGAUGACUCAAGAACUGAAAGAUCCAAAGAAUCUGUAGGUGACACCAGAACUUGUGAUGUGUCUCAUGAUGGAGCGAGCCCUGGCAACGAAGAUGGAGAUACAUCGGGAUUGGAGCUUGAAGCAAGAAUCAAAAGACUUGAGGAAGUUUUUGCAUAUCUCAAAGCUAGAAAAUAUGGAAACAGUGGGUAUAUGUCCCCGAAGUAUGCAAUAGAUGGUGUUUUCUCUAUAAAAUCUGAUGUAUUUAGCUUUGGUGUUUUGGUGCUAGAGAUCGUGCGUGGAAAGAGAAACAGGGGAUUCAUUCAUCUUGAAUAUGACAAUAACCUCAUUGGACAUGCAUGGAGAAUGCAUAAUGAAGGCAGGUCAAUGGAACUCAUUGAUACAACUUUAGGCCAGUCAUACAAUCCGUCGGAAGUCAUAAGAUCAAUUAUAGUGGGGUUGUUAUGUGUUCAACAAAGUCCAGAAGACAGGCCAAACAUGCCAUCAGUUGUUCUAAUGUUGGGUAGUGAGGGUGCAUUAUUGAAACCUAAGCAACCAGCCUUUUUCACGGAAAGGAACUUAGUUGGUGAUGAUUUUCUUCAAUCAGUUAGCCAACAAGUUCAACCAAUGGUUUAA